CCUGCUGUUGAAACAGCGGAGGAAGCUAAGGAACCAGCAGAAGCAGACAUCAAUGAACUCUGUAAAGAUAUGUUCAGCAAAAUGGCGACUUACUUAACAGGUGAACUGACAGCCACCAGUGAAGACUACAAACUGUUGGAAAACAUGAAUAAGCUGACUAGCUUGAAGUACCUAGAAAUGAAAGAUAUUGCUAUAAACAUCAGUAGAAAUCUGAAGGAUUUAAAUCAAAAAUAUGCUGCUCUUCAACCAUAUCUGGAACAAAUCAACCUAAUUGAGGAACAGGUUGCAGCUCUGGAGCAGGCAGCUUAUAAAUUGGAUGCAUAUUCCAAAAAACUUGAAGCCAAGUACAAAAAACUGGAGAAACGAUGAAAUUACAACAGUCUUUAAGUUGGAGUUGGGCUAUGAGUCAGACUGAUCCCUGUUUAAGUUGCACAACAGCAAUUCUGUAUGUUGACAAGGAAUUGGUUACAGCUAACAUCAAGACUGGUAACUUUUUCUACCUAUUGAAUACAGUAGGCUGUAUUCAGGCUUAAGGCCAAAUAAUAUUUUCCUCUCCUCAAGAGGUUCUGUUGCCUCAGCUGUUCUGCAGUGAAAAGUAGAAGCCUGUCCCUCAUGUUGGCUGUCUGUGUGUUAGUCUCGUGUCCCACGUGAAAUACUUUAGCUAGGAAAAGCCCUCCAUAACCUAUAAAGACAUUUUCCCUCAGUAGCAGCAGGACCUAAACUUCAUUUUUUCCUUCACUGAGCUCUGCAUUGAGAAGAUACC